UGGUGGCAGCUACUGGUUCUCCAGCCAAACUGAGGGGGGGGCGGGGUCUCCCUUGUCACAGCUGUACACAAGCUACAAUGUCUCUGUCUCAGAUUACUCCUACUCUCUUUCUCAGUGGGGCAGAUGUUCCUCUUAAUCCGACCCUUGUGUCUCAGAAGCGGAUCACUCUGAUCGUCAACGCCACCCUCAACCACGCAUGCCCCGCCUACCCGGGUGUGGAGUGCGUGCGCGUGCCCGUGUCCGACCUUCCCGGCGCUCGCAUCGGGGACCACUUUGAUCGCGUGUCUGACCGUAUCCAUGGAAACCAUUGCGGAGGGACGCUGGUGCACUGCGCGGCCGGCAUGAGUCGGUCCCCGGCGCUGGUCAUGGCCUACCUGAUGCGCUACCGUGGCGUGACACUGCGCCAGGCGCACCGCUGGGUGCAGGACAGUCGGCCCGUGCGCCUGAACGCCGGCUUCUGGGAGCAGCUGCUGCAGUACGAGAAACGGCUCUACGGGAAGAACACUGUGAGGGUGGCCCUGCCGGAGGGGCCGGAGCCGGGGGGGGCGGGGCCAAGGGGACCAGGGCUGCUGACCCCCGGCCCGAAGAGGAGAACAGAGCCAGGACCCGGGUCACUGAUGCUGACCCGGCCACCGGCGAUGACGUCACCCACGCUGACCCGGUUACCGGCGAUGACGUCACCCACGCUGACCCGGUUACCGGCGAUGAUGUCACCCACGCUGACCCGGUUACCGGCGAUGGCGUCACCCAUGCUGACCCGGUUACCGGCGAUGGCAUCACCCACGCUGACCCGGUCCUCGCGGAUGACCCGGUCUCUGGCGAACAAAGCCAGAAGAGGAACCAGAAGCAGCAAAGUGUGAAGAGCAUGAGUGGAGCCUGUGACCUUUGACCUUUGACCAGAGCCGACUCAUUGUUUGUGUUUGAAUUUUCUGCUGUUUUUGUUGCGACCUGAACUGAAACUCCACAGACGGGUUCUGGAAACUCUCCUGAGGGGAGGCGUGGUUCUGCUUCCGACCUGAACCCCGGUCAGAUCCGGGUCCCAGAUGGAACAUGUGUCUGCAGAUGGUCAGUGGAUCACCUCCUGGUUUUGGGUCCACGAUAGAAUAUCAACCUCCAUUUUAUCAUCAGGGAAUGGUUCAGUUUCAAACCAAAUGUCACAUUAAUUCCAGUUUUUCAACAUAAACACAAUAUUCAUUAAAGUUGUCGUCCUUUUGUUUUCAUUUUCAUUGUUUUUUUCUGUUGUGUAGAAUCAGAAGUGAUGGAAGUGUGAAAUAAAGCCUGUCCUUUUCUGUCACACCUGGAUGUGACUGAAGGAGGAAAACCAGCAAAAUGAAGUAAAAGUAGAGCUUUUUAAUGACAGAAGUGAAUUAUUCACAAAGACCCCAGCUGGUUUUUGUGGUUUGAACUUAUUCCUAUAAAACACCUUCAAAUCAGAGAUGUAAAAGUUAAAUGAAGCCGAA